UUUGAAAGGAAAAUAUUUGGGCUUGUUGGCAUUCGGUAAAUAAAUAAAGAUAAUUCUUAAGAACAUAUAAAUAACAGGAACGAAAUACUAUAUAUUUUAGCAACAUGUCUGGAAGAGGUAAAUAUCGCCGGCACCGCAACCAACAAACGUUGUCUUCAGUGGCAAGAGAAACGGCAGUUUCACUUCCCGCUGACAGUCCUAUAUUGGCGAUAUUUAAAUCCGCUGCUGUAAAACUGAACGAUCGUCAAGACAGGCACGAGCGCCUGGUAAAACUCUCCAGAGAUAUUACUAUUGAAAGCAAGAGGAUCAUAUUUUUGCUGCACUCUGCUAUAACCAAAGAAACAUGUGAAAAAGCAGUUUCGGAAGCAAUUAUACGUCUUCAGAAACUAGCAAAGGGUCCGAUAAAAAGUAUUGGACUUGAGUUGGAAAACAUUCCGAACUACUUACAUUGGCGUGCUGUGACCCCAGGUUUCCAGGAGUAUGUUGAAGCCAGAACUCUAUGCUCAUUGAUGCAGACACAGAAUAUAAUAACAUUUCAAGAAAUGCAAGAUGAGCUGACUUAUAAAAUAGAAGAUGAGGCAAAUGACAAAGAAAGAAGUGUUAUCACUAUGCUGACUCAGAAUGACUACAUGCUAGGCAUUGCAGACCUGACUGGAGAGUUAAUGAGGCGGGCUAUCAACAGCAUUGCAAGUGGUGACAGUGAGGAAUGCUUCAACUGUUGUCAGAAUGUCAGAGAUCUGUACACAGGUUACUUAGGAGUCACAGGAUGCAGUCGAGACCUGAUCCGCAAACUAUCGACAACUCGUCGCAACGUGGAGAAGGUGGAGGCGGCGGUGUACGCGCUGAGGGUGCGCGGGGGCGAAGCACCGCCCGCACUGUUGGCCGCCGCCCCACCCUCCUGGGAUGCAGCCUCAACACAUUCCGAUGAUGAAGGCUUCUAUUAAUUUAUUAUAGAAUAAUUAU